AUCCCCACCACAACACCACAUUGAUUUCGGUUUUUUCGCGACACCUUAAGUUUGGUGUGCGGAAGUGGAUAUACCCUGGUGCUGAUUUUGCUGUUUGCUUCUCUAAGUCAUGAAUCUACAAACUCCUAAUCUCACUGAACACUGACAAUGAAUCCAUUUUCUUCUCAAUUGGCACAACCACCACCACCACCUCCUCCUUGGUUCCCAUUGUUACCACCUGAUCCGCCAAAUUCAAGUGCUUUUUGGAAUAACAGAAAUGUUCGCAAUCAGCUAAAAGAAUUGCAAGAUACUCUCAAUCUUGCAAAGGCAAUGCAAAAGGAACUGGAGAUGCUGAUGAUGAUCAAAGAGGCCAAAGGGUCUGCAGAAGAUGAAAAAGAUGGGCCAGUUGAGUCUUCUGUAUCUGAGUUUCAGAAAUGUUUAGAAGACAGAAGGGUUAGUUUGGAAACUCAGGAAUCACUGGCAGUUGAAGCAGCUAACUCUUUGAUGUUAAAGCUAAGAGCUCAACUGGAGCCAUUCCGAUAUGUUACAGAUGAAACAAGUCCUUGGGAGGAGAAAUCUGCCCCUGCUAGGCUUGAAAAUAAAUUGCAGAAGAGCAAAAGGAACAAAAUCUGGAGGAAAAAGAAGCGGAAGCGCAUUGCAGAAAUGCUGGCAAAGGAGCGUGAGCAAUUUGACCAAAUUGACCGAGAAGCUGAUGAAUGGAGAGCAAAAGAGAUUGCCAAGGACAUUGCAAAUAGAAAGGUGGAAAAGAUGAAAGAAAUCGCAAAGCUCAAAGCCAAAGAAGAGAAGAAGAAAUUAGAGUCGGAGCUUGAACUACUCUUGAUAGUGGAGAAGCUGCAAGAGUUGCGCUCCAUCAGGAUCCAAAAGUUGAAAAGACAAGGCCACUUUCUUCCGGAGGAGGACAACAAGUUUCUUGAAAGGGUUCAAGCUGCAGUUGAGGAAGAGGAGCGCCAAGCUUUGGUGGCUGCUGAUACAGAUGCUGCUAGAGAAGCAAUUGUGUCUGCAGAGGAAUCCAGAAAAUCGAUUAAAAACCAAGGAGAUUUAUUAAAAGGUUCGAGCAAUGAUAAUAGUGAGCUCCAGGAGAGCAGAGAGCAGAAAACUGAGGGUGAAGAUGAAAAGGGCUUUGUUGAAGUUGAUGAAAAGGAAUCUAGUAAAAAAGGAUCUGACGGACAAAGCAGUAGGGGAGCAUAUGAUGAUGUAGCUAACUUACCAAUUGAGUUCUAUCAUUAUUAUCAUGGCAGCAACAAUGAUAUGGGCACACUUAUUGAGGUUAGAAGAGGAUGGGAUGCUUAUAUCAGAGCAGGAGGAAGCCGCAUACCAGGUCACUGGGUUCAGCCUCCCCCUCCAGCCGAUGACAUAUGGGCAUCUUACUUGGUGAAGCCUUAUUGAAUGGAUAUAUUUGGUUAUUUUUGUUACUUAGUUACCUGUAUUGUAUAUUACUUCCAAUUCUGAUGGGGUAAGAUUCGGGAAAUGUUCAUGUUGGUUU